UCUGCGCCUCCCCGCGGUUCUCUGCCAGUGUCGGCCUCCUCGUCCUCUGAGCUCGUCCGUUCCCCUUCCUCCAUUCUCCUCGCCGUCUCCCACCAUCGCGUCCAGCUGUGGCCCUCGCAGGGCGCGCUCGCUGGCUCUCACCUGACAGGUCCCUGGCCUCAGGACGACAGCCAGCAACAACACGUUCCCUACAUGAGGGACAAAGCGACGCAGACCCCCAGGGCCUGGGCAGAUGAGAGGAGGAGGGGCUCUCACAAACGCUCGGCCUCCUGUGGGAGCACCGACCAACUCAAGGAGAUUGCCAAAUUGCGUCAGCAGCUUCAGCGCAGCAAGCGCAGCAGCCGCCAUCGGAGGGACAAGGACCGCAAAUCCCCGUUCAACGGCAGCCAUGCCAUCAUUCAGUCACAGUCCCCUAUGCCCAAGACCAUCCUCAUACCCAUCCCUAUAUCCAAAUCCUCGGCUCCUCGCUUCCGCAACAGCGUGGAGGGCCUGAACCAGGAAAUCGAGCGCAUCAUCAUCCGAGACACCCCGGAGAAGGACGAGACCAUUGUUCCGCAGGAUGUCCCCGAUGGCCACCGCGCGCCGCCACCGGUUCCCCCUCAGCGCAGCAGCAGCACCCGCAGCAUCGACACGCAGACUCCAUCGGGGGGUGGCCUUAGCGGCAACCACAGCAACUGCAGCAGCCGUCCGGACUCCAUCUCCCCCUCCUACCUCAGCGUCCUCAACGACACGGCUGGAGGCAGCCCCUACGAUGAGAAAGAGCUAAGUCCGUGCUCCCCACUGCCCAAGUACGCCGCCUCUCCCAGACCCAACAACAGUUACAUGUUCAAGAGAGAACCACCAGAGGGUUGUGAGAAGGUCAGAGUAUCUGAAGAGUCCAUGCCCAAACCUCUGGAGGAGAUCCCUCCCUUCCUGUGUCCCGACCGCAACAAGGUCAACUUCAUCCCCAACAGCGGUUCUGCUUUCUGCCUCGUCAGCAUCCUCAAGCCCCUGCUUCCCGCCCCGGACCUCAACUUUCGCCCGGGGUUGGGCCUCCGGAGCCUGUCCCCGUCCCUGGUGCCUCUGUCCACCCAGCCCUGUCUCCUGGAAGAGCCUGAGAGCUUCUGACUGCCCCGUUGGCUUCAAAGUCAACAACCCUCUUUCCCCUUCCUAUCAGCUGAAUCAGAAAACACUACGGAAUCAACCGUUUUGCUUCUAAAACAAACAAAAAAAAAUGCCUUUAGCAUGCCAGCUGCGCUCUCUCUGAUGUCCGUCUUUUGUUAAAAAGCUCUUUCCACUGCCGCCUCCUCUGACGUGAGACUCCUGCUUUCCAGAGCAGGCGUUUGUAGCUCACAUUUCACCGCUUUCUUCUACCUUCAGCACUGGUUCUGUUCCUGUUCUUGUAGGAGGAAAAGGGGGAAAACAGACAGACAUUUCUUUUGAUUUCAUCGUAUUAUACCAUGACGCCUUUCCACAGACAUAUCUGUUUUUCUACCUACGGUUGUUUGUCUUGAUAUAAAUUAUGCCUUCCAUUAUGAAAAAAAAAAAGGCCGCUGGUUUUCUUGGAGACCGCCAGAUCGACCACAGAGGUUAACUUUGGUGCUGCCAGAUGAAUCGUAGCAUACCUUGAAGGGAUGUGAGAAGUUCAAAAAUGUGCCUGAUGUUUUAGACCGCAGUUUCCCUGAACCAUCAUAAUGCUGUGAGCGUUAUGAUGGUCACAGCAUGAUCAUUGCACUUCAUAGUGAUCAUUGCACUAUGAAGGCCGUAGAUACAAGGAGCAAAGAAGAAAAAGUACAAACAGUAUAUCCUUAAAAUACUUGCAGACCAAAUCCUGGGAUCUGUUUGCUACUUUUUUAUCAGCCGUUUGCAGGGUAUCUAUGGGAAACACAGGCCAGGGCUAUGAUGUUCGACGCAUGUUCAACCUGUGUCUGCUUGCCCCUCCCCACGCCCGACCUCCCUUCAGCGCCAACCUUUGCUCACCCUCGCCCAUCUUUUCUCCGUUUUGCGAGCUCCUCCUCUUCGAUGAGGUCCUCCUGUCUUGGUCGGCUUGUAUUGCUUUUGAAUGCACCUACUUGCAGGGUUUUUCUCACGGAGAGGCUGGUCAAUCCAAGGUUCCACGCAUCCCGCAGACCAUCGGGGCAAUCUGGGUUGCAGAAAAUAGACAAUUUUAAACUAUUUGUAUAGCCAGCAAAGAAUCAAAUGAAACUGUGUACUGUUAAUUGUUAAAACAAACUACACUUAAAGUAAGGUUAGCAUUACUGAAACAGCUCAAUCUGUGAAAUUGCUGUAUAAUGUAAUUCUUUACCUUAACGCCUAGAUGAAAAAUCUACCAACAUUUCCAAUGCUAGCCAGUUCCAUACCCGACAGAGGGUAAAGGUACUCCUUUCAAAUAUCUUACACUGUUUGUUACUUCUAAGACAUAAUUCUACAGACCACAGGAGUAUUGAAAGUAGAUAGCUUUCAACUAUCACGCAGUUUAGGUUUGAUGUUACUCAACCCAACCGAUCAACCUUGUAGCAAAUUUGUACAUCUCUAGCAUAGCAAUGGAUUCUAUAUGUUUAUAUGGGCCACACCAGUUCUAUGUUAAGUCAAUCUGAAAUUAGUAUGAUAAAGAGACUAAAUAUAAAGGACCCUAACCUUACUUACUGAUAACAUAAGAUUCUAAAAAGGCUUAAAUGUCUCUACUACAUUGGAAUUUUCUGCUUCAAAAUGUUAUAAGUAAUGUUUUACUGCAACUGCUGUCUCAAACUUGUAAUCCUAAAUAGCUAAUGACCGUUACUGAUAAAUUUUAAGGGAAACAGAACUGGCUCCAGUCAAUGUCAGCAAAUCAAAGUCCUACAAGACCAAAGAUUGGAAAUCUGACAGCUGCAUUGUUAGUUUUUCUAAAGAACAAACAAAAAGAACAAAAGCUUACCUUUCAAGUCAUUAAGCGACGGAGUGUUCGGAAAUUGUGCAAAACUGAAAUCUUUCUUGUCGGCUUGCCAUAUUUUUGUAGGACUGUUUCCAAAUCGAACAUUUGUUUUUGAAAACCGCUGCAGUUGCUUUGGGAAAGAAUUUAGCCUAGCACUGCUUCAGUCAUGAUCCUGAUAAAACAGCAGCUGUUUCGAGUGUCGCCAGCCGUCUCAUUGUCUGCCUUUUUACAUUGAUGUCUGCAAUUAUGUUACGCUGUAUGAAAUUCACAAAUUCUACGUUUUAAGAGAGACUAAAUAAUCCAGAAUCAUACAAAUGAACUAAAAUAAAGACUUUAACGAAGAUAUAACAAAAGUUUCACUGAGAUAAACUGAAUCUGGUUAGAUGACUGUAGUUUACACAUUGACAGCCUCUCCGGGUCAGAACCCACCCUCCUGUAUUUUUGUAGAUGUCACAAUUACUUAACGGUGCCUGUUACAGUGGGACAGGAAUGUACUGGACUUGUAAAUACAGAGGCACUGUUUGUAUUACUGGCUGACAGAGAUAUGUAAUCGGACGAGGCAACAAGUGUAACGUACGACUUCUCAGCUGAGUACUGUGAAUUACAACUUGACUCAUUAUUGUGAAUAAUAAUGUAUUUAUUUAUCAGACAGGAGACGAAUUGGGUCUUCGGAGAUUUCUAAACAAGAACCGACAUCUCAGGUCGUAGAGAGUAGGAUACAAAGAUAUAUGCUAACAUAAACGGAGCAAAACAACAACUGCUUUCUAUGUAGCCUCACACGGUGGAAAUCCCGACUGACUUUAAUUUGUAGCAGAGUAGAUGUAGAAAAGUGUGGAUGUUAUUUGUUCAGCGACCCGACUUGGAGCAACGGCUAGUUACGACAAAAAAAGGGAGAAAAAUAAAAAAUAAAAUUGGCCCGUUCCAAAAUCCACUUGCUGAAACACAAUCACAACGAUGGGGGCAUGUUCCGACUUGUCCCUUGGAAAUGCCACCAAAAAAGACAACAGAAAAAAAAAAAAAAAGAGAGAGAAAAAAA